AUGGCUUAUGAUAGAAAUCAACCCCACGUUUAUCAAGAAGGAGCUAAUGCAGGUUUUCAUGAAGCCAUUGGAGAUACAACUGGUAUCUUUGCAAUAUCACCGAUACAUUUAAUAACGUUGGGUUUUCUUGACGAAAAUGUUGUCAAUUCACAUUAUGAAAUUAACUAUCUUUUACGUUUAGCAUUACAAAAAGUUGCUUUUCUACCGUUUGCUCAUGUAAUGGAUAAAUAUCGAUUUGUUCUUUUUCGUGACGAAAUUGAUCAUGAAAAUGAAUUGAAUUCAAUGUGGUGGGCACUGCGAAUAAAACAUGGUGGUAUUAUGCCGCCUGUACCUCGAAACAAUAAAGAAAAUUUUGAUGCAGGCGCCAAAUAUCAUAUACCAUCGAAUGUUCCCUAUCUAAGAUAUUUUAUUGCUCAUAUCCUUGAAUUUCAAUUGUAUCGUAGUAUGUGUCAACUGCAAGGUGUUACAGAACGAUUUCAUCUGUGUGAUAUAUAUGGAAAUAAAUAUGUUGAGGAAAAAUUUAAAGAUAUGCUAGAUAUGGGAAAUUCAAAGCCAUGGCCAGAAGUUUUACAAAGCUUAAAUGGGGAGACCAAAUUGGAUUCGGGAGCAAUAUUAGAUUUUUUUUAA